AUGGACCCAUACUCCGCCGAGGGCGAAUUGAUCAGUAUUCACAACCACUUCCACCAGGGCCAAUUCCAAGAUGUCGUCGACUACGACAUCUCGACGCUGUCACCCGAGAAUGCCCUCGCAGCCCGGGUGCUGGUGCUGCGGGCGCGCAUCGAGCUUGGCGAGGUUGCCGGUGUCCUGGAAGAGGUCAAGUCGGAGAGCGACCUGGCUCUGCAGGCGGUCCGAGCUCUCGCCGACCAGAAAGCUGGCCGUUCCGAUGCGGCACUCGCCGUGAUAGAAAAGCUCACUACGACUGCCAGCGACAAUGCCGCGGUGCAGAUCAUUGGCGGGACCGUUCUCCAGGCAGCCGGGAAGUCGGAAGAGGCGCUGGCCCUCCUCUCACAGCACGACAGCAACCUCGAUGCGGUCGCGCUGAUCGUCCAGAUCCACCUACAACAAAACCGGAACGACCUUGCCCUGAAGGAGGUUGCUGCAGCCCGGCGAUGGGCGCAGGACUCGCUGCUGGUGAACCUGGCCGAGUCCUGGGUGGGCGUGCGUCUGGGCGGCGAGCGGUAUCAACAGUCGUUUUACGUAUUUGAAGAGCUGGCGCAGUCUCCGGUGUCAUCGUCGGCCCGCACGCUGGUGGCACAGGCCGUCUCGGAGAUGCACCUCGGCCGCACCGAAGAGGCACAGACGGCGCUGGAGGCGGCCCUGAAGGCGAGCCCGGACAGCGCGGAUGCCAUUGCCAAUCUGCUGGUCCUCAACAUUCUCGCUGGCAAGAACCAAACAGAGCUGGCCACUGCGCUGAAAAAGGCAGACCCCCACCACGCCUUCCUAACAGACUAUGAGGAAAAGAGCGGUCUGUUCGACAAGGCUGCAGCCAAAUACCAGCCUAAGGUGGCUACGUGA